AUGCAGCACCCAUGUUGCCACCCUUACAAUUUAGGUACACAAAAACUGUCUAAAGAAUUUAAGAAGAAAAUAAACUUGAAUUUUUGCUGCUCUUUCCCCGAUUCAUGUCCUAUUUUCUCCUCAUUACAGUUCCUCCGGGUGGAUCAGGACAAAGAGUGCAACAUGGAAUGCAGCAGAGCUCCACGCAAACCCUUGUGCGCCUCAGAUGGCAGGACCUUCACAUCUCGCUGCGAGUUCCUUCGAGCCAAGUGCCGCGACCCCCAGCUGGAGGUCAUCCGAGGGCCAUGCAAAGAUACUUCCAGAUGUGUAGCAGAGAAGAAGUACACGGAGCAGCAGGCCAAAAAGCUUUUCCCUCAGGUUUUUGUGCCAGUAUGCAACCCUGAUGGCACAUACAGUGAGGUACAAUGUCACAGCUACACUGGAUACUGUUGGUGUGUCACCCCAAACGGCAGGCCGAUCAGUGGCUCAGCUGUGGCCAAUAAAAAGCCUCGAUGCCAAGGGUCCAAACAAGAGCGAGCUACCACAAGAGAGCCAGGAAAAGUCUCUUUGCAAAUAUUCUCCAUUCUGAAUGCAGAUGAGACUGGCUUAGUGGUGGAUCCACAACCCCCUGCAGAUGAAGAUGACAUCAUUUCCCAGUACCCCACUCUGUGGACGGAGCAGGUCCGCAGCCGGCAGAACAAUCGAACCAAAGCACCAUCUUCAUCAUGUGACCAGGAACAACAGUCCGCACAAGAGGAGGCGAAGCAGCACAAGAACGAUGCGGUAUUUGUUCCAGAUUGUGGCCAAGGCGGAUUGUAUAAGCCGGUCCAGUGCCACCCCUCGACGGGCUACUGCUGGUGUGUCCUGGUAGACACAGGGCGGCCUAUACCUGGUACUUCCACGAGGUACGAACAGCCAAAGUGCGACGUCAACGCAAGAGCACAUCCGACAAAACCAAAGGAUCAUUACCGAAGCAGACAUCUACAAGGUUGUCCUGGUACAAAGAAGACGGAGUUUCUGACAAGUGUUCUUGAUGCACUGUCGACAGACAUGGUUCACGCCGUCACAGAUCCAGCAUCUGCCGGAAAGGUGGUGGAGCCCGACCCCAACCACACUCUAGAGGAGAGGGUGGUCCACUGGUAUUUUGCUCAGUUGGAUAAAAACUCCAGCGGUGACAUUGGAAAGAAAGAGAUCAAGCCAUUCAAACGUUUCCUACGCAAGAAAUCCAAACCCAAGAAGUGCGUCAAGAAGUUUGUGGAGUAUUGUGACAUCAGCAACGACAAAGCCUUGUCCCUGCAGGAGCUGAUGGGCUGCUUGGGGGUGACCAAGGAGGAAGGGGCCAAAACGGGAGAAGGCCCAUCUCCCAGUAGACUUCACCCCUCGAAGAAACAAGGCUAA